UGUGUGUCUCUGCGGUGUUCACGCGCGGUGUUCUCAGUGCGAUGGGAGUCUGUGAGGAUGGACACACGGCAAAUCCUGCGACUCUUGAUCGGUUUAUCGGGCUUGAACGGAGCGUGUGAUGCUCUUUUCUGUAACUGCACCGCACCACAGUGUGAGAAGGAUGGGUAUAAGUGCGAGACCAACGGGGCGUGUGUGGCCUCCACCUCCAUCAUUAAAGGACAGGAGCAGCAUGUGCGGCUCUGCAUCCAGAAAGAGGACCUGGUUCCUCCGGGCCAGCCGUUCUACUGCCUCAGCGCCGAGGGACUGAUGAACACACACUGUUGCUACUCUGAUUACUGCAACAGCAUCGACCUCAGACUACCAACCGUGACAAACGGCCCGGGUUCAGGGCAGGACUGGGGGCCGGUGGGGCUCACUGCAGUAGUGAUGGGUCCGGUCUUUGUGCUGUGUGUGCUGGUUCUGCUGGGUCUCUUCCUCUUCCAGCACCACCAGCGGGCCUACGGUCACCGGCAGAGACUGGAGGUAGAGGAUCCCAGCACUGAACACAUGUUUCUGGCGAAGGACAAGACCUUACAGGACCUCAUCUACGACCUCUCCACCUCGGGAUCAGGGUCAGGACCUCAUCUACGACCUCUCCACCUCGGGAUCAGGGUCAGGGUGCUGCAGGAGAUCAUCGGUAAAGGCCGCUUUGGGGAGGUGUGGAGGGGGAAGUGGAGAGGAGGAGACGUCGCUGUGAAGAUCUUCUCCUCUCGUGAGGAGCGCUCCUGGUUUCGUGAAGCUGAAAUCUACCAGACCAUCAUGCUCCGCCACGAGAACAUCCUGGGAUUCAUUGCUGCCGACAACAAAGAUAAUGGCACAUGGACUCAGUUGUGGUUGGUGUCAGACUAUCAUGAGAAUGGAUCCCUGUUCGACUAUCUGAACCGAUAUUCAGUCACCAUCGAGGGCAUGAUUAAACUAGCGCUGUCGGCUGCCAGCGGCCUGGCGCAUCUGCACAUGGAGAUACUGGGCACUCAGGGGAAGCCUGGCAUCGCUCACCGUGACCUGAAGUCCAAGAACAUCCUGGUGAAGAAAAACUGCACGUGUGCGAUCGCUGAUCUCGGCCUGGCGGUUCGUCACGAGUCUGUCUCCGACACCAUCGAUAUCGCCCCCAACCAGCGUGUCGGCACUAAGAGGUACAUGGCACCUGAGGUUCUGGAAGAGACUAUUAACAUGCGUCACUUCGACUCGUUUAAAUGCGCUGACAUCUACGCUCUGGGACUCGUGUACUGGGAAAUCGCUCGCCGCUGCAAUGCUGGAGGUAUUCAUGAAGAGUACCAGCUGCCCUACUAUGACCUGGUGCCCUCUGACCCAUCCAUAGAGGAGAUGAGGAAAGUGGUGUGUGAUCAGAGGUUACGACCCAACAUCCCCAACUGGUGGCAGAGCUAUGAGGCGUUGCGUGUGAUGGGGAAGAUCAUGCGGGAGUGCUGGUACGCUAGCGGCGCUGCGCGACUGACGGCUCUCCGCAUCAAGAAAACCCUGUCUCAGCUCAGCGUGGACGAAGACAUGAAAAUCUGAGCGAAACACUACCUUCUGCCAGAAACACUCCGAGCAAAGAGAACGUGUACAGACAUGCGACCACUCGAAACUAUCCUGCCAGUUCUAAAGUAUUUCCGUCCACUGAAUCGGGACGGGGCCUACCUCACCCCACCGCCAAAACUACUGAACCUACGGUACCCAACAGCCCUCUGCGCUCUCCUCCUCCUCCUCUCUACAUCUACUACCGCCCAGCUCGCCAAUCAAAAUGCACAUGUGACUUUAUUGAUUCUGUUCAAAUCAGUUUCGCCCCAAAGAUCAUUUUUCCAACCAGCUCCGCUCAUAUGUAACCAGUUUUGACUGGCUUGGUGCAUUCAUUUAGAUCAGUCUAGCAGACUACCUCGGUUAACUAAGUAGGUGGAAUACACAAACUCCAGUUCAGAGGCGAUAACAGGCAGGUUAAGCUGGAAAAGUCACGCGGUGAUUUGGUGCAAGAUGGCACUGCUAGCGACCGACACGAUCAGCUGAUUCCUUUCAUUACCACGUCAAAGCUGUUAGCAAAACAACCUUAUUUGCACUUUAUCCCAGAGGUUUUGUGAGCGUGACGUGGAUUCAUCUUGGUUUUGGAAUCACACACUGGCACACGCGUCUAUUCCUACUACUGAACGGUACGGAGAUAUCUAUUUAUUUUAGCUUGUAGAUCCUUCAUAUUGUCCUUAUUUUUUUAUCACCGUUAGAUGUCCUCCUCUCCUCCAUGGGCAAACAAAGCUACUGUACAUAGUAUAUUUUUUAAAAGUAUGGAAAUGUAAAUAGCUUACCCUUUUUUUUUAAAUUUCCAAGCCCUUCAACUAAGCUAAAGGUUUAAUCGUGUUUUGACAUCCAGGAACAUCAGAGAUGUGAAGCUGUACGGGUUAGCGGUGGUGAAAUUACAGGCUUUUGUUAAAUUUAGUUUUUAUAGUUAAACCUGUUUGUUGCUUUUGACUGUAGCAUUAAAUGACACUAAAAGGAUGCACAUUUUAUUAGCUGAGGAGUGUUUGGGAUUGUUUUGUAUGGACUUUAAGAUCUUGUUUUUAAGGAAUAAUUCAUGCAAACAUAAGAAUACUCAUUUAUUUUUAAUGUAAAACACAGAAGGAGAUAUUGAGAAGAAUGUGCAAGCUGCACUCAAAAUUGUUUUGAAAACUCCCCAUAAAGGAUCAGUAUGACUUUAUGCCAUGUUCAGAGUCAUCUGAAUUCAUAUGAACUACAUCUAUGAUACUUUUUAGUCAUUUUUUUUUUUAGCUUGAUGCACAGAAUUCAUGCAAUUUAAUUGUAAAUCAAAAGGUUGCAUGAACUUGUCCAAUGCUAGAAAGAAAGUAAUGCAGGUUUGAAGCAGCCUGAGGGUGAAUAAUGACAGGAUUUUAGGAUUUUUGCAUGUGAAGGGAAGUUGCGUCGUGAUUCUAGGAAAUCGAUCUGUUUCUUCUUCAUGCACUGGGUCUGUAAUGAGAAGAACGACUUGAAAAUAUAACUUGACUUGAAAAGUUUGGCGUCGAAGCGCACCGCUUUACUCCUGUUACACUGUAUUUAUGACUCCUGACAGACAUUACGUCUCUCUCAUACUCCAUGGAUAAAUACUACUGCCCUUCUGUCCCUCUCCGCUUAAUAUGCAAGAUGUAAAUAUAGUUUCUAUAAUGUAUGACCUUUUUUAUUAAUCCGAUUUAAUUCAGUAGACAGUUGUGUGGUUUUGUUUUUUAAUGUGUUUUCAUUCAGGUUUAUUUGUAUAGCGCUUUUAACAGUAGGUUUUGAAGCAGCUGUACAGGGGUUUUAGUCUGUGCUCUUUUAUUUGAUUUUUGAUUUGAUGUCUAGAGUCUGUGUUUUGACAAUCUGAAUAAGUACCGUUAUUCUCCUUCGUCCAUUUGCAACAAUUCAGUCACCUUACACUAUUAAAAUGUCCAGAAAAAGCCAAAAGUGAUUGCAUAUUAGUUGGAAGAACAUGUUAAUGCUUUCAUCUAUUUUCAUGUUAUUUAGAUCCAGAAUGACAAGCUAUCAUGUGAAAUGUUUGUAACACUGGAUUGACACUACUGAGAAAUAUAAGACGACACUGGCACGUCGGCUGCUGAUUGAGAAAUCUGUCCGUAUCUUAUGGGAAAUCUUCUUGAAUUGGGAAUGAGGUCUGGUUUGAUCUGUAUUUGUUUCUACUGUUGAGUUCAGUUUGUACACACGUUUCUAGUUUCCAGAAAGCGUGUUGUUGCUGGCAGGAUUUGGGCUUCAUAAACAUCUGCUCCCUCUCAUCCACUUGCUGAAGUGAGACGUCUGUCGCCUGGCUGAUUAUAACAGCUAAACGGUGGCGACAGUGUGAUUUACAGCUGUGCAAACAGUCUUAGUCCCGGUUUAGCUUAAGGAAGUUUCCUCGAUCUUCUGACCUCACAGCAGACCCGUGUAAUCUGAGUGUGUUUCCCAAAUCUACAUGGAGAGACUUUUCAGGAAUUUCAGCUUCCAAUCAUGUACAUGGGUGAUUAUUAAAUGGUAAUAAAUACAGGUU